UCGCGUCGUGGCGAGAUGAACGAAGAUAACUCCUUAAAGGAUUGGGAGACUCCCCACUAUUCGCGUCCGGGAAAAGACAGCUCGGAAGAUAGCCGAGAAGAUAGUUUCGCACAGUCGGUCGUCGCGGUCACGUGUCUGAGAUCCAUUCGCAUCCUCCGCGUUUUUCGAAGAGGAAUCGAGCGCGACGCGCGCUCUGAUCCGAAAGACAUGGGAGCGAUGGACCGCUGUCCAUUGGGAAUCGUGCGGUGGACGUCGUUCCUGAUCCUGCUGCUCGCGACGAUUCGCGCGACUUCGGCGAAGCAGCCGCACAUUAUCUUUAUCUUAGCGGACGAUUUGGGAUGGAACGACGUCGGCUUUCACGGUUCCGGUCAGAUCCCAACGCCGAAUAUCGAUGCCCUGGCCUACUCCGGGCUGCUCCUAGAUAGAUAUUAUGUCACCCCGAUCUGCACACCGUCCAGAAGCGCUUUGAUGACCGGCAAAUAUCCCAUUCACACUGGCAUGCAGCACGGCGUUCUCAAAGGCGCGGAGCCGAGAGGGCUGCCACUUCACGAGAAGCUUCUGCCGGAAUACCUGCGCGAGCUUGGAUACAGCACGCACAUUGUCGGCAAAUGGCACCUGGGAUUUUACAAGAAGGAGUACACGCCGACUUACAGGGGCUUCGACACCCACAUCGGCUACUGGACGGGCCACCAUGACUAUUUCGAUCACACGGCCGUCGAAAACCCUUACUGGGGCCUGGACAUGAGACGAGGCAUGGAGCCGGCGUGGGACCUGCACGGCCAAUAUUCCACGGACGUUUUCACGAAGGAGGCGGUGCGGCUGAUCGACAGGCACAACUCCAGCCGGCCGUUGUUCCUAUACAUGGCCCACGCGGCCGUGCACUCCGGGAAUCCUUACAAUCCGCUUCCCGCGCCGGACGAGGAAGUCGCUAAGUUCACAAAUAUCUUCGAUUACAAUCGAAAACGUUUCGCAGGUAUGCUAAGUAAGCUGGAUCAAUCCGUGGGCCAAGUAGUCGAUGCUCUGCACAAGAGAAAUAUGUUGCGAGAUAGUAUAAUCAUCUUCUCGUCGGACAACGGUGGAGCUGCCGCUGGAUUUAAUUUAAAUGCAGCGUCUAAUUGGCCACUCAGAGGAGUUAAAAAUACUGUUUGGGAAGGUGGCGUCAGAGGUGCAGGAUUAAUAUGGUCACCCAGAUUGGCGCAAUCUGGCCGAGUAAGCAGGCAGCUGUUACACAUUACCGAUUGGCUGCCGACGCUCAUAACAGCUGCCGGCGGUGAUCCGUCGAACUUAACUGUCGACGGCAUGGAUCUGUGGAAUGCAUUCAGCGAAGAUACUGAAUCACCGCGUGCGAGCGUUCUUCAUAACAUCGACGAUAUUUACGGCGUGUCCGCUAUCACGGUCGGCGGCUGGAAGCUCAUUCAGGGAACUACUUACAGCGGAGCAUGGGACGGAUGGUACGGUCCAUCUGGAAGAGAAUGGGUCUACGACACGGACGGUGUGAUCAACAGCGUGACGGCACGUGCCAUCGCCAGUGUAGGACUGGCCAUUACCUCGGAGGCUGUUCAAACGCUGCGCGAAAACGCGAUGAUCAAGUGCCCGCCGCGAAAUGACAGUCUGCCUGCCUGCAAACCACUGGAGGAACCAUGCCUCUUCAACAUCUAUCAGGAUCCUUGCGAGGAAAAUAAUCUCAUUCAACAGUCUCCUACGAUCGUCCGGAAACUUCAGGACGAGCUGAAGAAAUUCAACAGCAGCGCGAUUUUGCCUGGAAAUCUUCCGUGGGACAGCAAAGGCGAUCCGAGUCUAUGGGAUCAUACUUGGAACAAUUUCGGAGAUUACGUUAAUGUUAUGGUAAAUGCCGCAUCCUGAUCGAUCGCAUCUCAAGGAUUUUUUUAUCUUCCCACAGAGUGAUAAACAAUUCACAUAAGAAUCAGAGAAAAAUAUGCUGCCCGCAUUAGCCCAUGUUUGUUAUUCUAUGAAGAAAUCUAUACAAUUGUGAAAAUAUUUAGUUUUUGUUUUUUGUCUUUAUCUAUUGAUGCAUUGAUAAUAAACGAUGUAAAAGUACAUUAUAGAUCUGGCAACGUUAAAUUCGAGAUGUUAUUUUAUUUAUAAUGCGACUUAUCGAUCCUGUAUUUUAUUGGUCAAUUUGUUAAUGUAAUUUAACAGCAGCAUGUUUAAUAAGGAAGGGCAUGUGUAUAUAAGGAAUUUUAUUAAGGACAAAUAAAUUGAAAUAACAAAUUAAAA